AUGGAUAGGGUUACAGUGGUGAACUACUGCUUAGGACUCCUGGGUUUGUUACUACUGCAGGGAGUGCUAAAUGUGGAGGGACGGAGCAUAUUUAACCCAGGAAACCAUGUUUAUAAUCUGAAAGAAGACACCGAUCCUCAGAGCAAGAUUCUAGCGCUGUUGCUACACAAGAGCUUAGUUCCUGUUGAAAAGGAUGACCCGCUAGGUCUGGAGCUGGCCAAUAAACUAGCUGAAUUAGAGGAGCUGCGUGCGCUGAGGGAGGACCUGGAGCUGGAGAGGGAUAUCACAGCCAAUUUGGCAGAAGGCAAAUCCAUGACUAAGAAGAGGGGCGAACCUUGCUUCUGGAAGUACUGCGUCUGA